AUGAGUCACAAUUCAAUUCAUUAUAGAAAAAUAUAAUUAUCCCUCCAAGAAAACUACAUUAAACUAUUUUACAAGAAUAUUAUACUUAGAAUCCAAAUUUCUCAUAAUUUAUCAAUGAAACACAAUUAAAUCCCUGUUUCAUUAAUUGUGAAUUAAUUCCAAUCUUCAUUAUUUAUUAACAUGAUAUAGACCUUAUCCAUCAAUUCUAAUUUAAAAAAGAUCAAUAACUCAUUUGAUCUUAUCCAUCAUAUUAUUAAACUAAUCUUUAUUUCAAUAAUAACUAUAUAGAAACUAAAAAAUAAAUAUUACAAGACAACAGAAUUAUAUAUUGUAAAAUACUAGAAAUCAAUGUUAAUGAAGAAUAUAUUGAUUAAGAUUUAGAAUUGAUCAUUAUUGGAAUUUAUGAACAGAAGUAUUGUUUUAAUGGAAUCAAAUAGAUUUUGAGAAAUGAAAUACCUAAAGAAUAAUAUAAAUAAUUGUAAUAUCAACAUUCAAUCAUAGUCUAAGUAAAUAAUCCAUUUGAUUUGGAAUAUAAAUAUUUUGGUAAUACAGUUAAAAUGAAUAUUGUUUUUCAUAUUAAAACUCAUUUCCAAAUAGAAGAUAUUGAAAUGGAUUUCCUUUAGAGUGAAAGUUAAAUGAUCUGGAAGAAUGUUGGAAUUAAUAGAAUUGUACCUAAAUGUAUGUUAUAAAAUAUAUCCAUUAACAAAUUAUAUCUUAAUAAUGAAGAAGGAUAUAUUGAAGUUCUCUUAGAUUGGCCAGCAAUGUUAUAAAAUGAAUAAUUAUAACCAGAUCUUCCAUCAAGAAGAUUAAGUCUUAUACAAGUUAAUCCUGUAUUAGAAAUAAAGACACCUCUAUAUAUUAGAUGGGGAUAAUAAAAGUAUAUUAAAUGCAAUUCUAUACUAUGGAAGAUUAAACCAAUAUAAACAAUUAGAGGUUAAAUAUAAGGAUUCUUAAAAUGAAGAGUAUUUAGCAUUAAAAAUAGUAUUAAUAAUUUAUUCAGGCAAAGAACAUGAAAUUAUAUUCUGUCCACCUUCUUAAAUAUUUGGAAAGAAACUUAAUCAAAAAAAGGAUUAACCUUUGGUUGUUUUAGGUAUCACAUUGUCAAGAGAGAAAAAUUUAGGAGUUUUAUAACCAAAUUAAUUAUGUGAAACUAUUUUAAGGGUUCAAUUAAUUAAUAAUGGAAUAUUAAAUUUGCAACAUAUUAAUCUAAAAAUAGACAAUUAAUUAACUGAGUUGAGUUUGAAUUUUAUUAUAUUCUCAUUAAUGAAUUGGGAAAAUUUAAUAUUUAAUGAUUUUUGUUAGAUUAUGAAAAUGUUUCUAUUUUUGAUUGAAGAAUUAAUAUUUAUGUAAUAAUAAUGA